AUGGAAGCAGUCAAACAGAAGAAGUUACGGCCAAAAGAACGGACUUCAGCUGGAAGAAAUGCAACAGUCUCAUCUCGGCCAGCAGCUAUUCUAGAGACGAGGUUGCCGGACAUCCCAUGUCACGAGCCCUGCAGAACGACCACCCCCGAACCAGAGGAAAUCAUACCCAUGGUGGAGGCUUCGUCAAUGGCGGCAGAAGUUCUCGCUCACGAAAUUGUUUGCUAUCCUUCAAUUGGUCGUCUUACCGAAGACUUGCAUUCGCCGUACACACCCAUGGCUGCACCGGCGUACGAAGAUACCUCGAAGAGAAACAUGGAAAAUGUAAUGGUUCGUUUAUUAGGUGAUAACUUGUUGCGUAUAGAGGAUUUUCAGAGCAAGCCUUUAUUCGAUGCUCUGAUGGACGCUGACGCACCUUUUUUAUAUCCGACGUUGGCUAAUUUGCAUUACGAGAAGGACAAGCAUGGUUUGCUGACGGAACAGAAUCUAUUGGCUUUCUAUCACAACCCACUCUACAUGAUGAGCGACCAGUUUGUCGAGAAAUUUGUCCAGGAUAACCUGACACCUUCUGGUCCUAUUUUUUCUUUGCUCAAACGUCUAAAGCAGCUGGCCGAGCUGAUGUCUAUAAAUGAAAUAAGCGAGAAGGAGAACACGAAAAAGUUGACGAAGUGCUUAUGCGAUUGUUGGGGAAGAUGUGGUGAGAAUAAGGAAGCGCACGGAAUGGCGCACUUCCACAAAACCACUUUACGUUCGGAGAAGGUCGACGAAUUGAAGAAUUUGCUUUCUGCCAAUCGUACUCAUCUGCUUGAUGAGCGUCUUUGUCUGGAAACGCAGUUUCGGUCUACUGCUGUGCAAGUCCAAUGGUUUGUGAUCUUUAUAAACCAGCAAUUCAUGGAAGAAAAUCGCUUGUCGGCUCAUAGUCCUCCAAAUUGUCUGUUACACUUUUCUACUUUGUUAAUGCUUGGCUGCCUGGAUAUCUAUUUAGUGCUUGAGAAUGCUGUCAAUUCCAAUGGUAGGGUUUUGCUACUUACUGCUUUAUCGGAUCUGUUUUUUCAUCUGAGAUUUCCUGUAUUGCCUAAACGGGUCACAGACGUGCUUAUCAGUUGGGUACAGGAACUGGUCUGUGUUCUGUAUAUGUGUUGCCGAUGUGAGGAUGCACAAUUUGUUCUCAAUCAUUUGCUUCGACUUCCUUCACCUAUUGUGGACUGGGCGCCACCUUUAGUUCAAACUUUUAUACAGGUGAAUUUCUUAUGA